AUGGGUUGGGAGGAGGAGGAGGGAGGGGGCUGUGGCUAUGAAAGGUCUACAGGAGGGGUCCUUCUGUGCAACAGGCUGACGCUGGGGGAACUGCGGGAGGUGCUCCGGCCUCUUGGACGUUUCCGUGUAACUUCCUGUGAACUUAAUUCCUUCAGAAUACAAGUUCACACCAAAAGCACACAAGCAGGGCUUAGAGUGUACACAUCGGACCACUCGCGCGACUCUGCACGGACAGUCCCCGCUCUCCUGGUGGGGACACCUAGAGGCCGCAGCCGGCCCAGCCGGCGGCCGCGGAAAAACCGCGCGGGGGCAGAGCCGAGAGGAGCGCGCAAGGGGGCUUCUUUUGAUUGGGCAACGGAGGUGCCCGUCACACCAGAGGGGCCGGGCUUUCUGGGGGCGGGUCUCGUCACGAGUCGAGCUUGGUCAUUGGCGAAGCCAGCCGGAAGGGGUGGGCAGGAAGGCGGUGCUCCGCGGCUUCCGGUGGGCGCGCUGAAGGGACGUGAGGAGGCCGGCGCGGGGGCGGUCAGGGCGGGGCUCGACGCGCCGGGACGACGCCCCGGCCUUGUGGUCACCGCCCACCUUUCCCGGACUCCGCCCCCCGCCCCUCUGGUUCCUGGGCCUGGCCAGAGUCCCCGUUCCCCGAGUCCCCGGGAGCCUACGCCCUCUCCCGGGGAGAGGCCGAGGAGACGCCUCCACCGAGUCCAGGCCCCUGGAGACCUCGGGGGCUCCGUCGGGCGCCCCUCCCGCCGCUCCCGGCAGGAUUCCCCGCACUGUCCUGAGGGCGUCUGGCGCUCGAGAAGGCCAGGGACAGUGUAUUGGGGGUCCCCAGGGGCCUGGUGUGGCCUGCUGGGAAGGAGUCCUGCCCAAGCACGCCUGUUCUCCAGGACAACCUGUGGUUGCAGCCAUCGGCCAUCAGUGCCUGCCUGCCUGCCUCUCACCUGGGAAGUCAAGGGUCCCCACGGGCCUGGGAAGCGCCAGGAGGGUGCUGGCUCUCGCGAGAUCUGGGGCUUCCCGUUGAGCAGCCUUCACCCUUCCCUGCCUGAGGAUGUGGUCCACAGCGCCCCGCUCCCCCUUCCCCCCCCCCACCCGCCCCGGCAGGAUCAGGUGUCAGCCCUCUCCAGCCGCCGCCGCCGCCGCCUUUCCUGCCAAACGUUCCUCACCAAGAGGGUCUCCCAGCUCCUGGGUGACGCUGCCCAGACCUGCUCAACGCCCAGCGCCACCACCCACCGUUCUGGCCAGUCCUUGCGGUGGCUGCUCUUUGUUCGGCUCCAGGAUGGCCCGCCUUCUAGUUGGAGCCGCAGAGCAAAUGCAGUGCCGGUCACCAGACCCCAUGUGUGCCCGGAACCAGCAGCUCUGGGACCCCAACACCCGAGCACGUUCUGGCUGUGGGAUCAGAUGGGGGGGUAGCCUUUGGCUUGCAUUUUCCGCGGCCCCCUCCUGCACCCCCUUUUCCUUUGCGUCGUUGGGCUUUCCUUGUUGACUGGUUCAGGCUCUCUAUGCGUUAACGAUAUGAGCCCUGAGUCGCGUCUUGCUACUAUUUUUUUGCCCCGCUUUGUCACUUGUGUCUUGACUUUGUGGUUUGGGGUUUGUGUUUGGCCAGGCAUACGAUUUUAGUGUUUGUAUCAUCAGACUUUCCGGGCUUCUCCUAAUGGCUCCUGGGGCUUCUCGUCGGUUUGUUUGCUUCAGACUGACUUGGAGUGGUCUUCUCCAUUUAAAAUCAUCGUGUAUUAGUUACCCGUUGCUGCAUAACAGAUUACCCCAAUCGUAGCACCUUAACGCAGCCAACCGUCGUACUCUCCUGCGUGUGUGAAGGACAGGAUUCUAGAAGGCUUGGCUGGGGGCUUCUGGCUUGGGGUCCAUCACAGGCUUCAGUCGAGGCCUCCGCUGGGGCCACAGCCCCCUGGUCUGCCUAGGGUGUGGGGAUGGGCGGGGGCAGCUCUGCUUCCAAGAUGGCCUGCGUGGCUGUGGCGGGGCCUCGGGCCUCCCCCUCCCCCCGGACCUCUCCCUAGGGCGGCUCAGGGCGGGGCUUCGCCAGAGCCCACGACCUAGGACAGAGCAGCCCCGAGAUCAAGGCCGCAGUGUUUCUCUAAGAACUUCAGCUCGAAGUGACACCCCCUCACCUCUGCUGUAUUUUUAUGGCUCACACGGGUCAACCCAGGAACAGCGGAGGAAGGGACGGUACCUGCUAGGGCGUAGCUUGUUCGCGUUCAUGGCGGAUGAGAAGGCUCCAAGGAGUGUCCUCGCUCCUGAAUCUGGGUGCGGGACUCCUGGUCCGCACAGGCCCCUUGGGAAUGCGUCCUUUGUCUGAGCGGGGGUGGCAGGUUCCAGCCCGGGACUGAGACAGGCAAGGCCUGUGUUUGUAAGGGCAGAGAGUGGCUUUUCACCUUUCAACGGUCGCAGACAAAACACACAAAAAGCCAGAGAAAGAGGGACUUCCCUGGUGGCGCAGUGGUUAAGAAUCCGCCUGCCAAGGCCGGGGACACGGGUUUGAGCCCUGGUCCAGGAAGAUCCCACAUGCCGCGGAGCAACAAUGCCCGUGCGCCACAGCUACUGAGCCUGCGCUCUAGAGCCCGCGAGCCACAACUACUGAGCCCGCGAGCCACAACUACUGAGCCUGCAAGCCACAACUGCUGAGCCUGCGAGCCUGAACUACUGGAGCCCGCGCACCUAGAGCCCGUGCUCCGUCCGCAACGAGAGAAGCCACCGCAAUGAGAAGCCCGCGCACCGCAACUAGAGAAAGCCCGCCCGCAGCGACGAAGACCCACCUCAGCCAAAAAUAAAUAAAAUUUUAAAAACAAAAGUUAAAAAAAAAAGAGCCAGAGGAAAGAAAGAACAUGUGACUGGACCCCAGCGUGGCCCACAAAGCCAGCGGUGCGUGCCCCCUGCCCAGGAGUUUGCAGCUCUGGUGGGAGUCCUGGCUAGUUGCGCUGCCGUGGGCGCGGGGGCCGGAAGCGCUUUCUCAUCACAGCAGCCCAUCCACUGCCAGGGCCAUGCAAGUGCGCACCCAGGCCUGGGCCCCAGUGCUCUCCGACCUCCAAGGUCCCCACCCCCUCUCCUUCCCAGUGGGGUGGGGGCGGGGGCAGCUACCUUGCCUGAGGCUGGGAUGGCCUCUCUGUGCCCAUAGGUGCAGGCCCUCCUCUCCCCGCUCCCCUCCCCACCCCACCAGCCUCCCACCGUGCAGCUGGGAAGUGGGUAGGGGCAGGGAGCAGAGAGGGGUGGGCCCCAUUGUGAGGGUGCAGGCUGGCGAGCCCCUUGUCCUCAGUGACCACGCCAGGUAGCCCCGGGCUGGGUUGUGAUGGCUCAGCAGUGGCAGGCGCCAGCCCGGGGUGGCAGCCGAGUGUCCCUUUGGUCCCAGGAAGGAGCUCCCACUGUGGCCAAGGGAGAGGUGCCCGCCGCAUCCUUCUUGGCUGGGACUCAGACGUGACUCCCUGAUGACACGCUUGGUGGCUCUGAAUUUGUCACGCAGGUUCUGUGGGCGGUGAGUGCCUUUCCUGUUGGCUCUCGCUGCUGGGCAAUGCCGGGGCCCUUGGCGACAGCUCCCCGGCCCCGUCCAAGGCCGCCAUGCACUUCUUGAACCCCAGGACCGUGGGUGUCAGGAGAGCCGGGCUCUCUGUCUCCGUCCCAUGAGCAGAGGCCGAGGCCGAGGCCGUGCUUGCUGGGCCCGGCCUCCUGGCUGUGGUGGUGGCUGCCAGGGACACCCUCCGGCCGGGAUGGGGGGCCGCAGGGUCCUGGGGCUCCGGGAGAUGCUCGGGCCCGCUGAAGCCCCACACUCCUGGGCCAUCUGACGGUCCCCCUAAGUAGAGCCACCUUCCAGUCCCUCAGCUCUGGGCAGAAGGAACGACAAGGCGGGCCCGGCUUCCCUGCAGUCUUCC